AUGGCUGUGUACUGCUAUGCACUCAACAGCCUGGUGAUCAUGAAUAGCGCCGAGCAGGUGAAGAGCGGCGGCCCCCGGCCCAGCAGCAGCGAGACGCCCCCGCCGCCGGGGAGGGCCGUGCUGAGCCCCGGCAGCGUUUUCAGCCCCGGGAGAGGCGCCUCUUUCCUCUUCCCCCCCGCCGAGUCGUUGUCACCCGAGGAGCCCGGGAGCCCCGGGGGCUGGCGGAGCGGCCGGCGCAGGCUGAGCAGUGGCAGCGGCAGCAGCGUGGGCAGCCCGAGUUGGGCGGGCCGUCCGCGAGGGGACGGGCAGCAGGUGGUGACCGCCGGUUCCCUCUCCCCUCCGGGGCCGGAGGAGGCCCAGAGGAAGCUGCGAAUCCUGCAGCGCGAGUUGCAGAAUGUGCAGGUGAACCAGAAAGUGGGCAUGUUCGAGGCGCACAUCCAGGCGCAGAGCUCCGCGGUCCAAGCGCCCCGCAGCCCGCGUCUGGGCAGGGCUCGCUCGCCCUCUCCCUGCCCCCUCCGCAGCAGCAGUCAGCCCCCAGGGAGGGCCCUGGCUCAGAGCGAGGAACGGAGGACAAAGUCGUGGGGGGAGCAAUGUCCAGAGACUGCAGAGACCGGCUCCUCCGGUGGGAGAGGAAGGGCGCUGGGCCUGUGCCUCUCAGAGGGCGACGAGGGGGUGGCACCUUUCCCCAGCCCGGCCGCCCGGUCAGGACCAGGGGCUCAGAGCACAGCAGCUUCUGCAAGAAUGGAGAAGGGGACCCCGGCCAGACCCCACUGUGGCUCACCCAGAACUUUGGAAAUUGACAAGAGGGUCUCUCCACUUUUGGGAACACGCAGCUGCCAAGCUCCCCCAUUGGGGCUGGUCCAUGUGAACUUAGGGAUGGCAGCAGAGGGGACAGCGAGAGCCACAUCCAGUGGGCCACACCAUCCGCACGACACUGGCCUCAUUGAGCAGCCUGAGCAGGCCCGAGAGCUAGGGAGUGUGCACCCCCAGGAGUCCCUGGUGCAGAGCCAGGGGCAGCCUCUGGGCAUCGAGACAAGCCCGGCCCCAGAGAGGGGCAGGCCCAGCAGCGGAGAGCCCCCAGGGAAGGUGGGGAAAGGAGAUCUGCUGGAUGGCGAGCGGGGCCCCUGGGCGCCUGGAGCCAGAAGACCAGAAGACAAGACUGUGAAUGUGCAAAGCUCGGAAUGUUCUGAGGCUCUGAGCAGGGUCAAGCCACCCCCAGACCUGGGCUCAGUAGGCCUCAAGGUGACCCAGUGUGGGGUCCCAGUGGUCGGGGAGCUUCUGCAGCGCUCCAGGGGAGUGGAUGAAGGGUCUCCCAAGUCGACGCGGGGCUUGCUUGGGGGCAGCUGCUCCGCACAGCCAGGGAGCCGGGAGGUGGAAGCAGGAAUUCCCUCUGGCAGAAUGCUGGAGCUUUUGCCCUCCUGGGAAGCCUCGAAAGAUCUGAAAGAACCUCCUUGCCUCCCUGGGGACAGGCUGGAGGUGCAGCCUGGGAGCUCCAGGGCUUGGCUGGGCCCCAUGGAGGCAGCCCAACUGGCCUGGACGUGUGGCACAGGGGUACAGUCGGAAGGCACUUUGGGAAGCCCCCGGCAGGACAGAGCCUCCCACCCCAGCCUGGAGCUGCUCUCCCCAGAUCAGAAGGACAAGCCUUCCCCAAGAGAGGCCUGCAGCCCCAGCAGUAUACCGGCGGUCAUCAUCACAGACAUGGGUGCCCAGGAAGACGGGACCUUGGAGGAGGCACAGGGAAGCCCUCGGGGUAGCCUGCCCCUGAGGAAACUGUCUUCUUCAUCGGCCUCCUCCACGGGCUUCUCCUCCUCCUAUGAAGACUCGGAGGAGGACAUCUCCAGUGACCCUGAGCGCUGCUUGGACCCCAACUCCGCCUUCCUGCACACCCUGGACCAGCAGAAGCCCAGAGUGAGCAAAUCAUGGAGGAAAAUAAAAAACAUGGUUCACUGGUCUCCCUUUGUCAUGUCCUUCAAGAAGAAGUACCCUUGGAUCCAGCUGGCAGGACACGCAGGCAGUUUCAAGGCGGCGGCCAACGGCAGGAUCCUGAAGAAACACUGUGAGUCUGAGCAGCGCUGCCUAGACCGGCUGAUGGCUGACGUGCUGAAGCCUUUCGUGCCCGCCUACCACGGGGACGUGGUGAAGGACGGGGAGCGCUACAACCAGAUGGACGACCUGCUGGCCGCCUUUGACUCGCCAUGCGUGAUGGACUGCAAGAUGGGCGUAAGGACCUACCUGGAGGAGGAGCUCACCAAGGCGCGGAAGAAGCCCAGCCUCCGCAAGGACAUGUACCAGAAGAUGAUCGAGGUGGACCCUGACGCCCCGACCGAGGAGGAGAAGGCCCAGCGGGCAGUGACCAAGCCUCGAUACAUGCAGUGGAGGGAGACCAUCAGCUCCACCGCCACGCUCGGGUUCAGGAUCGAGGGCAUCAAGAAAGAAGAUGGCUCCGUGAACCGGGACUUCAAGAAGACCAAAACGAGGGAGCAGGUCACGGAGGCCUUCAGAGAGUUCACUAAGGGGAAACGCAACAUCCUGAUCGCCUACCGGGACCGGCUAAAGGACAUUCGGGCCACCCUCGAAGUCUCUCCCUUCUUCAAAUGCCACGAGGUCAUCGGCAGCUCGCUCCUCUUCAUCCACGACCAGAAGGAGCAGGCCAAGGUGUGGAUGAUCGACUUUGGGAAAACCACGCCCCUGCCCGAGGGCCAGACCCUGCAGCACAACGUGCCUUGGCAGGAGGGGAACCGGGAGGACGGCUACCUCUCCGGCCUGAACAACCUCAUCGACAUCCUGACGGAAAUGUGCCAGGACGCCCCUCUCGCCUGAGGCGUCCCCCGCGCCCGCCUCGCCACACCGUCCCUUCCUCGCCGUCCACCUUUUUCCUCCUCCCUUUUCCCUUCGCGUCUUCCUGGGUGCGAGCCCCAGAACUGACCCUCCUGACCUGCACUACGAGACACUUUGUAGAGACGAGAUGGAGAUUUCCGAGAGCAGAUGAGAGAUUUUCUGGUGACUUUCCUCAUGAAGGGCUUGGAGCUGGGGUUUCCACUUCUCUCUAUGCGUAGGAUCUCCGAGCAGAAGAGGAAUGCCCAGACCCAGGCUCCGCGGCCUGUAGGGCAGCUCUGUCGGCUUUAGGUCCGGAGGCAGGCUCAGGUGGCCUUGGUGUGGGUCCCUCCCUAACCCAGGAGCCAGCCUCUGCUGGGGCUUCCUGUGGGGGGCUGCUGCCCCCUGGUGGCCAGUGCGGUCAGUGCCACUGCCGGGCUCAGCCUGUGUGUCCCAUCCUCCCAGGCUGGAGACCGCCGUGAGGGCCAUUGGAAGAACCCAGGCUUCAGCAGGUGCCUGGCUGCAAGCUUCUGGAAGUUGGGGCACCAAGCCACUGGGAACCGCAUGUUGGCCAUUAGCAGCCCAGGGGCGCCCGCAGACAGGUGAUGGCCUGCUAAUGCCAGGACCCCACCCUUCUGGUAUUGAAACCCUCCAGCUUGGGGCCAGACCCGGGACUGUGGAGAAUGCUGGAGUCCAUUGGCUGUGCUCUCUGACCUAGGCCUUCCCAGGAGGGGGCAGGCAGGAGCUGUGUUCUUCCAUCUGAUUCUCACCCUCUGAAUUCAGAGGGCAGACACUCUGCACACCUGAGCUUCCAGGGAUGUCCCCCAACCCGCCAGAGCCACUUGUGCCUCCAGCUCCCUGCCUUGCACUGGCAAGGUUGGGGGCACCGGAUGGGGCGGGCCAGAGCGCAGCCAGCCCCAGAGGCAGAAGGAUAGAACCUGCAUAGCACACUCCACCCCCACCCCCACCCCCGCGAGGUCAGUUCCCCUGAAGGUUCAGGGCAGUACUGGGCAGGGAAGAAGCAGGUUUUUGGCCUACUGGCUUCAUCUUCCUAAGUAACUCUUAGUGCCUGAAGGGCUUAGACCCACAUUUCCCAAAUGUGGUGUGGGCAGCUCCCAGGAUAGGUGGUGGGUGCGGGGGGCAGGGAGGAGGUGUCCCGGGCAUCUCUCUCUCAGGUCUCCUGGUUGCUUGAAGAUGACUGGGGAACCCAUUAAGUUGUAUUUUAAUUUUCAAGCAAGUUACAUCUCUAUCAUGGAGAAGAAUGUAAAAUUGGCCUUUUUAAGAACAAAACUCUCAGCUCUCUGGCCAUGCGGAGUUGCUCCCCCCGCCCCCAGCUGCCCUCCUUUGUCCGUGGAGGUACAGGGGGGCCCAGAAUUGAGCUCUGACCGGGCGGGAGGUGCUAGGGUCAGUUCCUCUGCUGGGAGCUGUUUCAGGGACAAGGUGGAGAAGUGCGCGCCUGGAGGGACCAGUCCAGAGGUUUCCUGGGCUGUCCCCCUGUCGCCCCAGGGUCUCUGGGGGACCUCCGACCUCCCCACACAAUGCCAGCAUUUCCCCUUUCGUGCUGGGUGAGUGACAGUUGGUGGGGGUGGAGGGUGGGACACAUGAGAAUGUUUAAGUACAGAUUUUUUUAAAAAGGAAAUCACUGUUAAGCUUCCUGGCUCUUGUACAAAACAGUGGUGAGCUCCCGCGUGGGGCUUGUUAAAGGUCACACCCCUGCCCGGCUGAGCGCGAGAGGCCUCAUGACAGCAUGUGACCCUCAUAAGGCAGGAGCACCAAAGCCGGCUUUGGGUCUCCCUCCGGAGCUGGAGUCACUCGUGGCUGAGAAGGGGGCUCGGGGUCCGUACCCCAGCAGUCUGCCGGGGAAGGGACAUUGUUAAUUCGGACAUCGAGAUUCAAGAUUCCAGCUCCAUGGCCUGGCCAGAAGUCGCCCUCCCUCCAUCUAUGAAGAAAGUUCGCUAAAGCAAAUGAAUGCUCUGAACAAAAAGUGCAGGGGACCAGCUUGAUCUACUCACGAGAACAAAUUUUCCAAGCACUUUAAACAGGCACCGAUUGUUUGCAAACAAUGGGCUGAAAUGCAAGUGAUGUGUUCAUCAGAGGAGGUCCAUGCUGCCUCUUAUUGGCGAUAUGUUGCUUUGGGUCACAUUCUAUCUGUGAAAGUGGUAUGAAGCCGCAUCUUUGUAGGGUUACGCUCUUCGUUAAGGGUUGGGGUUCUGCAUUUACUCGCUAGCUCUCUUCUGCACCUCUUCUCUCCAACUGCUCUCCCCCCGUUCCCUGCUUCCCCCUUGUCCUAGAGGGGUAGAUGGAUCCUGAGUGGAAUUUCCCAGAACCCUUUCCCGCUCAGCCCCGGUCCCCGCAGGGACGCCUUGGGUCCUGGCCGUGCAGGUGCCAGCAGGGCGGGCCAAGCCGCGUGUGCCUGCGUGGUCCUUGCCAGGCCCCCGGGGGGGUUCUCCGUGAACUGCAUGCUUAGCGUAAUCGAGGAAGGUUUCUCUUGCCUUUAGUGUCGUGUAAGAAGUUUUUAAGUUAUAUUUAUUUUUUCCGGUUUUUUAAUUGCACAAAACACUAAGACUGGGAGGCUGGAUUCUGUUUGUCCUUUAAAGCUGUGCCUUCUUUCUGAACUUCUUUUCCCACGUGGUGGAAAGAGCCCGGACACAGCACUGCCCCCCCCCCAGAUGGACUCUUUCCCCUGUUCGCUGUAUCUAGCUUGAGUUUGCCCGCAUCCAGUCCCCCCCACCCCCCGUGUGUAUAUAACCCGGGCUGCGGGCUUGGGAAGAGGCCAGGGGUUCACACCCCUCCCCCGCCAGUGCCUUUCUUCUGGAGGAGACGACUCCCCAGAGGGUUCUCCUUCCCUCUGCACCCCUUUCUCCCCCACACCUUGGAGAAAACAACUGUUACAAACCACCCCCCGCACAGUGCCUGUCGAACAGACCGCGUCGCUCUGUACCUUCCCAAAUAAAGGCCCGAGAGACCACA